AUGACGCGAACUGAACCCACAUGCAGUGCUGCCUCAUGGGAGACGAAAAGUAUUGCCACUACAGAUGAUGGCAAUAGAAUGGACUCGGUCGGCCAGGAUUCACGGCCCAGAGGGCGGAUUCGCCGAUCAAUGACUGCGUGCAACACAUGCCGCAAGCUGAAAACUCGAUGUGAUUUAGAUCCUCGUGGCCAUGCUUGUCGCCGCUGCUUAUCACUGAGGCUCGAAUGCGAGCUACCAGAAACCCCAGAUCGCUUUCAGGACCAGGCCUCGGCAUGGCCGGACAGCAAUGGAGCCAUCCCCUCAAUCGAGGAACGGUUGCUCCACCUGGAACACGGGAUGGGUGAAAUGAUCCACCUGAUGAGACAGAUGGUAAACAACACAUCCAAUUUGGCGGGCAGCCCACGCCCCCAGGCAACAAGAAGUCUAGAUGAAUCUACCAGUGGAGAAAUUGGAGCAUUACCACCUUUCACUAUCAAACCCGUCCAGUUUAUUCGAGAUCUACAGCUUGAAUGCUUCAGUGGACGAGAUGGCCUCACCGGUGAUGCCGACAUUAUCGGAGAUGUGGUUUCCUUGGGAAUUAUUGACAUAAAGCUCUCUUACAAAUUAAUGGAACUAUUUGUCGAAUAUUAUAGUUCAUGGAUGGCAACAGAUCCAGCAUCCAGUAUUCAGCGAUCUGAUACUCUUCUUUUUAAUACGGCAUGUCUAUUAGCUUCUCGGUAUUUGCCUGGCAUGCCCGAAGCUACCAUUCAUAACAUUUCGCUUCAAGUUCAGAACGCUAUCACGCAGGCAAUGUGGGGGAAAUCUUCCUUGUCGAAUGAUGUACUCCAGGCCCUGGCAUUACUAUGUCAUAAGGAAGGAUUUGUCGAUGGCUGGUUGUUGAGCGGGACCUCGAUGAACCACGCUUUGAUUUCUUUCGGCUUUCUCAACGUUUCUCAUUCAAAAAGUGCUUUAACCGAUGAGAUGCUCUCCCAGAUGCGUCUUUGGAAUAUGUUCUGCUUAACUCAUUUACAUUAUGCUUUUGGAUACGGUCGCACUCUCAACGUGCAACUGCAUUAUUUGGAUCACUGUAUUCGUAUUCUUGAUCACCAUCGGGCUACCCCUGAAGAUGGCAGAAUCGUGGCAGAGAUUCAAUUAUAUCGCAUUGCUCUCAAGCUUCAGAGCUCCCCUCAUCGUCUUCGCUUCGCCGAGACUGAAUAUGAGGAGAUCGAGCGCUGGAAAAUGGAAUGGACACACCUCUUCUCAAAUGAAGGCAAAUCCGCUUUAGAGCUCAGUGUUUGGUUCUGCCAGCUGAUUCUUCAUCGAACUGCUAUAAGACUGCAUUCUGAGUCCGACCAACUAAUAUCCGAAACAUGCAACAACGCGCGCUUGAUCAUAUCCCGGUCUCUUCAAACGCGCUUUUCUGCUGCGCCAGGCCUGAUAGACAAUGUCUAUUAUAUCCUUGGAUAUGCUGCUCUGACAUUGUGCGACUAUAGUCCAUCUGAUCCUCUCAUUGAUCAAGUUCGGGCGUUUUUGCUACAUCUUUCUCCGAGCAGCGAUCACCUCGCUUACCGUAUCGCUUGCAUCAUCGGCGAAGUUCAACGCCGCUACUCUGAAGCAGCAACAGCUGAUCAAACCUCACCCAGUGCCAGCAAUGCGCUUUUUGUGGCAUCUCAAGCACCUCGCACAGAGAACAUAGAUAUCGGUCAGCUGAUCCCUACCGGUGGCUCUAUGGACGGCAUCGUUGAUGGAUACGGAUGUUAUGAUCAACUCAUUGCCAGUGGAUAUGUUCCACCCCAGCAGGCAUUUUCGGCGCCAGCCGUAUUCCAGCACCCAGCACCUGUGACUGGUGGUGCUAUGCCCAUCAGUUUGGUUCCUCGAGCACUCCACGAUUAUUGA